GGGCCGGAGAACCCAGACAUACCCUUGCGCAAACAAAAGCUUAUACGAAUAAAAGAGAAAGGUUAAAUGACUUCAAUGAGCUCAAUGUGUACAUACAUAUAUUAGAAGUCAGACAGAAAGGAUUACCACAGGCAUAUAACAGCGAUUCAUAUCAUAAUUACCCUUAAGCAAACACAAGCACCAUUUUGUAAGAAAAUAUUCUUGGAGUGAUCUUGCAGUUAUGUUCUCGGGGCCAGAUCAUAUAAUAACACCGUACUGUAUAUCUUACAGGUGUAUCAUGCCCGUCUGUAUCUAGCCACCUGUAAUCCAACGUAUGUCCUCUGAACACUAUCAGUCUCACUCCAUUCUGCUUUUACUGCAAAGACAGAAUUCCACAGCAGUUAAAUGAGCGUUUUAGUUGAUUAGCAGUGGACGUACGUCUGUGACCGUGGUAUUGCGUAUUUAGUGUUUUGCGGUGGCGUCUUUUGAGAAAUUCCACCAGGAAAGACCGGUGAGCUUAUCGUUCCACUGAUGAAUGUGUAGAUGUUGCUGAAUGUCGUCAGGCUGGUUCUACUUCUUGUGUGCUCACGAUUGCUCCUUUUACCACGAGACACAGAGACAUCCGUGAUUCAGCAGCCUCAUACGUGCAUUUACACGCUCUCUGAAUUAUGUCAGAUUGAUAUGGUGGACACACAGACGUUUUCUUGGCCCAUGGGAUUUGGUCUGAGCGCUCUGGACCUGGAGGGACUUGACGACAGCUCACACUCUCUGGACAUGAAGCCUUUCUCCACGAUCAAUGACUAUACACCCAUCGCUGGCAUCGAGUACGCUCCCAGCCCGGGCCAGAGCGAGACGACGCACAUGAUGGAUCUGACGCACAUGUACAAUUACAGAGUCCAAGACAACAACUAUAGAGCCCAUGAGAACAACUACAGACUGCAAGAGAACAGCUAUAGACCACAAGAGAGCAGCUAUAGAGUACAGGAGAAUAGCUAUGGCACACAAGAGAACAGCUAUAGAGCACAAGAGAACAGCUACAGAGCACAAGAGACCAGCUAUAGAGCGCAAGAGAGCAGCUACAGAGCACAAGAGAGCGGCUAUAGACCACAAGAAAGCAGCUACAGAGCACAAGAUAUCAGCUACAGACCACAGGAGAGCAGCUACAGAACUCAGGAAGACAACUACAAAGUACAUGAAACUCAAAGUUCGAUUAAACUUGAGCCCGAGUCUCCACCACUGUACGCAGAAAACAACAUGACGUUCACAAAACAGCACGAAGAUCCUUCCACCUCGGUUUUAAACAUCGAGUGUCGUGUGUGCGGGGACAAAGCUUCAGGAUUUCACUACGGUGUUCACGCCUGUGAGGGAUGCAAGGGGUUCUUCCGCCGCACAAUUCGCCUAAAGCUAGUCUACGAUCAUUGUGACCUGCACUGCCGCAUCCACAAGAAAAGUCGCAACAAGUGCCAGUACUGUCGCUUCCAGAAGUGCCUGAUGGUGGGAAUGUCACACAAUGCCAUUCGCUUUGGCCGCAUGCCCCAGGCAGAGAAGGAGAAGCUCUUGGCUGAGGUUUCCUCCGAUCUGGAGCACAUGCACCCGGAGGCGGCUGACUUAAGGGCCCUGGCCAAGCAUCUUUACGAGAGCUAUCUGAAGAACUUCCCCCUGACCAAAGCCAAGGCCAGGGCCAUCCUCUCAGGGAAAACCAAUGACAACGCUCCGUUCGUUAUCCAUGAUAUGAAGUCUCUGCUAGAGGGUGAGCAGUUCAUAAACUGUCGUCAGAUCCCACGGCAGGACCAUCACAGACGUCUGAGCGUGAAUUCGGUUCAGUCAGACUUGCAGCGCGAAGUGGAGCUGCGAUUCUUCCACAGCUGCCAGUCGCGCUCGGCCGAGGCGGUCAGCGAGGUGACAGAGUUUGCCAAGACCAUCCCGGGCUUCCUGAACCUCGACCUCAACGACCAGGUGACACUGCUCAAGUAUGCCGUCAUUGAGGUCCUCAUCAUCAUGAUGGCACCGCUCAUGAACAAGGAUGGCACGCUUAUCUCGUACGGCCAGAUCUUCAUGACCCGCGAGUUCCUCAAGAGCCUGCGCAAGCCCUUCAGCGAGAUGAUGGAGCCCAAGUUUGAGUUCUCGGUCAAGUUCAACAUGCUGGAGCUGGACGACAGCGACAUGGCGCUCUUCCUGGCCGUCAUUAUUCUCAGUGGAGAUCGUCCAGGCCUGCUGAAUGUGAAGCCGAUUGAGGACCUACAGGAGAACGUUCUCCACUCACUGGAGCUCCAUCUCAAAAUGAACCACCCGGACUCGCUCCAUCUUUUCGCCAAAGUCCUGCAGAAGAUGACUGACCUGAGGCAGAUCGUUUCCGACCACGUUCAAUUCAUUCAGUUGCUCAAAGAUUCAGAGCUCAAUAUGUGUUUACAUCCACUGCUGCAGGAGAUCAUGAAGGACCUGUACUAGUGUACGGAUCGGUGCGUGUUAGCUGAAUCAUGCUUUGGUUUACUGCUGAGGGUUGUUUUUUGCUUUCAACAGACAGAGGAAGAUGGAAUCAUCUGUUUAGUAUCAGCAUGUUAGACAGAGAAGGUCACUUCUUCAAGCAGUGUAAAAUUCUGCUAGAAUGGGAAAGCAAAUAUAUUCUAGUUUUUAUUGGGUUUAUUGGGAUGCACAUACAUAUUUGGAGAAAGCUGCCUUUAAACCUGGAUUGGAAAUCUUUUUUUUUUCUUUCUUUUUUUUUUCCCCAAAAAGUGCACCUUCAUUUAUAUUGUUUGCGACGAAGAGUUAUUAAUAAAAAUGUAAUAUGUGAUAAACCCAGAAUAAACCUAAAUGACAUAAAGUUUUUAAAUUCUUUGCUGACGUGAACAGUGAAAAAACAAAGAGUAAUAUUAUCUGUGAAAGUUUUUGUAUAUUGUUCUCACUGGGGGAAUUCGAUGUGAAAGCUUUAAUUUUUGAUUCUAUAAUGCAUUUUUUUGUAAAUACAAUAAACAGAUUUUUAAUGCCAGGCUUUUGUCGGAUGUAUUGCAUUAAAAAAAAAAA